AUGCGGGUAUCGCUCCUAUUCCUGCUCUCCGUUCACGCACAAGCCCUCUCAACCCCGCCAACGCGCCGGCACCGCCGAUCAAAACUACGCAACGCCGCGAGCACCGCACCACAAGAAAAAGGCAAUAAUGCCUACCGCCUCGCGUCGGCGGCCUCCGUCGCGGCCUGGUCGGCCUGCGCCGUGACGGCGCUGUCGCGUCAUCCGACGCUCGCGCUGCCGGCGGCGCACGCGCGCCUGUCCAUCCUGCAAGCGUUGACGCCACUACCGCUGCUGACGGCGUCGUUCGAGGCCGCCCCCGACGAUCGCACCGUACAGCUCGGCCUCGCUGCGGCGUCGACCUGGCUCUGCGCGGCCGUCGUCUUCGCGCCGCAUUUCACGGCCACCGCGGCGGCGCGCGCGCCCGGCCUCGCGCACAUGGCGCACUCCGCGGCCAUCACCUACCCCGCGCCGCUGCGGGCGGUCGCUGCUGCUGUCCACGGCGGCGCGGCGCUGCUCUGCGGCGCGGCCUUCGCGUCGUCGCCGCCGACGAAGGGUCGCGCGCCGUCGACGGUCUGGCGCGGAGUCGCUGCUGCCUUCGCGGGCUGGGCGCUCGUCGCGGCGCUGGCGCCGUUCCCGCUCGCGACGCUGCCGACGAUGCUGGGCCGGCGCCUCUCGCGGGCCUUUGGCGCUUUUUCAGUGCUCUACGCGGCGGCGGCGCUCGCGCUCGCGACCGCGGAUCAAAAAGUGCUCCGCCGCGGCGUCGCGCGCGCGGCCGCGGCGCACUGGGUCGCCGUCGGCGCGAAGCUCGUCGUGGAACGCAAUUGCCUUCGCGAGUUCUACCCCUCGGCGUUCUCGCGGCCCGUCGCGUCGCUCGCCGCGCUAGUGACGUUUGCGGUGGCGCUUUUCGUGGCGACACGCGGCGACGGGCGUGAUGGGGUGCGGUAA